CGGGACGGGGCGCCCCACAAGCGGGUGCCCAGCGCCACAGGCGGCUGCCGCAUCACACUCAACGCGGCCUCUGCCCCCCGGGAUGCAGCGGAGGACGCCGCAGGCGGCGACGGCGCAGCGGCCGCUGCGCCGGCUGGUGCGGCGGCGGCGGCUGCCGAGCAGCUGCCGCGGCGGCUGUCGCUGCGGUCGCCGGGCAGCGCGCGCGCGAGCGCCGACGGCGGCAGCGCAGGUGCGGCAGUGGGGGCCGCCGCGCCGUCCGCUGCGGCCGUCCUCGGGAACGUGCGGGCGCUGCUCCGCACAACCAGUGACGGCGCUGCGCGUUCGGCCCCUGAGGGUGCAGCGGCGGGGCCGGCGGGGACGGCGGCGCCAGAGGCGGCGGCGCCAGACGCAACGGCUUCAGAGGCGGCGGCGCCAGAGGCGGCGGCGCCAGAGGCGGCCGCGCUAGAGGCGGCGGGGGCCGAGGCAGGUCCGCCUGAGUUGGCCAGUGGAGAUGCUGCGGCCGAGGCUGGGGCCGAAAGCACGGCCGCCGCUGAGGGGGAGAGGGCAGAUGAAACGCCAGCGGCGGCAGCCGAGGAGGAGCCCGAGUCGGCGCCAGCAGCCAUCUCCCACACGCACACUCCCUCCGCCACCGCGGCGACGGCAUGA